UUCAACAAUGGCGAGGAGCAGGACGCCUUCCUCGAACACACCUGGAGAGAUCGUGUAUAGGACUUUUGUCACACAGGACGGAUUCCUCAGCUGAAGAGAUGAAACGCCUAUUCCUCUUGCACCUCCUGACCUUUGCGUGGAUUCACCUGACUUCGCCGAGGACGGUCCCAUCAUCCUUCACGAUGGAUGAGGACGACCUAUAUGAAAAACUUACGGCAAGGCGAGCGCCUGUUAUCUAUCCGCCCUUACUGUUGGAUCACAUACGGGCUGAUGAAACGGAUACGGAGUCAAUAGUUACCUCCCUUUCUCAGACUUCUCAGCUGAGCCAGAAUUAUUUCACCAAUAGAGUGAACAGUGUAAUGUUAUAUACGUCGACGUCUUCAUCUGUGAUGUCUUCAUUACCACCAUCAUCGUCAUCAGGACUUCUUGUCACGACAUCAUCCAAGGUAAUGUUAGAUACAACAGCUUUGACCACAUCGUCCAGCAUCAACGAAGACGUGAUAAGAUGUGUUCCUAUUGCAGCACACCUGGAAAAGUGGUCUAGCACUGGCACAGCAUCUGGAACGUGGUUACCAAUCACCCCUACAAGGACAAUACACGACACAAUUGCAGCAUCCCAGCCGGAACCUCGCCCAACGUCAGCUACAUCAUCAGCUAGUCCUCCAGGACAAACGGCCGUCCCCUCCAUGUCAGAGUCCUUGACAGUCAUGGUUGACGGUCUCCCCCAAACACCACAGCCGUCACGUACAGAAACGUCCACAGCGUCUGUGCAGUCCAGAAUGCAUGGUUCCAAGACAAUCCCUGAAUCCAAGCCAGAACCUGAAUCCCAUCCUCGCCCAGCGUCAGCUACAUCAUCAGCUAGUGCUCCAGGGCACACGGCCGUCUCCUCCAUGUCACAGCCCGUGACAGUCAUGGCUGACGGUCUCCCCCAAACACCACAGACGUCACGUACAGAAAGGUCCACAGCGUCUGUGCAGUCCAGAAUGCAUGGUUCCAAGACAAUCCCUGAAUCCAAGCCAGAACCUGAAUCCCAUCCUCGCCCAGCGUCAGCUACAUCAUCAGCUAGUGCUCCAGGGCACACGGCCGUCUCCUCCAUGUCACAGCCCGUGACAGUCAUGGCUGACGGUCUCCCCCAAACACCACAGACGUCACGUACAGAAAGGUCCACAGCGUCUGUGCAGCCCAGGAUGCAUGGUUCGUCGACGAUUCGUGCUUCCACACCAAUGCAAUCACACCUUUCGCAAAGCACCAGUGAUAGAAAUACGAGCGUUGUCUUCAUACUUCCAACAGCAAAUCGGAAUAUUCAAGAGGUGACAACGAAUAGUGAUUCAAGGUAUGGAUCGACUUUUCUGUCACUGGACACUCAUCCAACUACUGAACCCAGCCUACGGUCAUCGGUGUUGCUUCUUCCGAGUAACAUCUACAUCCAGACUAGCUAUGCCCUGGAUGGACAAUACAUUACCGUCAACACUCUCAGUCUUCAGUCCGCAUCGACGACAUUCAAUACAGCACCAUCCAUCUCCAUUUCGACGUCCAACGCUCUGGAUCAAAGCUCACCAGUGCUUUCCCCUGACUAUGUAGUGGUGAGUAGCGCCUUUGUACACCAAUUUGAACCGAGCCACGUGACGCCCAGUUCUGUGGUGGCCGUACCAGCAGUAACGCAGCACUUCGACAUCGCAGCAGACCAGAACCUCGGGUUACAUAUCAACAGGGAGACUGAUGUAACUCGCCUCCCUCAAGUUCUUGAUCCACUACUGGGGGUAAACGCUGCCUUGAAUGAACUUUCGGGCGUCCGUCAAAACAAAACACAGCGAGCUCAAGGAAUAAAUCUCUGUUGUCGAUUCUUUCCAAAGCGCUUACGUCCAUGACAACCGAACCAUCUCAACACACCAACAGUCUUCCCUUCCGAGCAACUGAUAUGUUUGGGAGGUACCUAGCUCAGGGUGCAGACGGAUUUUCUACUACCACGCCUAAACAAAUGACCGUAGGCCAUCUUGGACAACUGCUCGCUGGUAUGGAAGCGUUAACCUUAGGUAAGACUGUGGCUGUUUUGAAGUCAACAGAAACAACCCCUUCGACAACGACCAUCACCACUACAACCACGUCUACGACUACAACGACUACUACUACAACAACUGUGACGCCAGCAAUUCCUGAUAUUUGCCUGGCGCUUUGUCGAUUGGGACAGUGCCCGCCGUCGUGUGUCGGAAGGGUGUCAGGAUGGAGUCGAUGAUGCUGCUGUCGACAGUGAUGGGUCCGAUGUCACUUCGCGUGGUUCCUGUCGCGUUAGUAGAGUUCAUGGACGAAACAAGAAGAAAAGCAGAAAUUGCAAGCCAACGCUUUGGGCAACUGGCGUCAUUGUCAAACGUUACUAAAAAUAGUGCCAUGCUUAAACGAGUUCAUAGUGGUUUCACUAGAGGCAAGCAAUGUUUCGCUAAUCACAUAAUGCCCAAACACCCCAAGCACUGGUAGAUUUCUUCGCUUCACUGUCUGUCGAAGACUGUUAAACAGCCAACUGAGAAUCAUCGCUCUAUUAUUGCAGUGUGACUGUAGGGUUACCAUCACAUUCCGUAGUCACUUAAACAAAUUCCAUAAAAAAAACCCAUUAAAUUACAGUGGGAUUGCCACACUCCAAAUGUCAUCUUCAUCUGCCUUAAGUUAUUUCAUGUUUAAACGGGAUGUGUUGGUAACCAAAGUCCAUUGUAACGCUCUAAUCUCCAUGCACUGUGGUUUCACACUGGAAAACCUCAAGAAAUAGGUUUAUCAAAGGUGCUCUAAAACUGGAGCAGUGCAAAGAUAUUUAGUGACUAUACAUGAAAUGUGUUCCGUUCUCAGGUCACUUUUUGUCAACUAUUGUUUUGAAACGCGUCUCCGGGGCAUAUAUAUUGGAACAGAUUAUGCAUAUUUAUCAAUCAUUUACAUAUUACUUAACCAAUGACAUGAACAUGGUAUGAGCAAAAAUAGCAACGAUAACAAAUAUGAUGUUUGUUUCUGUACGUUCGUUUCUUUGAGCAAAAUUUAAAGCUAUCGAAAGCUGUACUUUUGUUUCAUAUACUGAAUAAAACACCAAUGUCACCAUUCAUAAA